GUUGGCAAGCUGCUGCGGGAGGCGGUGGCGGUAGGAAGCUGGAAACAGCGGGGUGACAGAUUUGGAAAAUAUUUACAUCUCAACAAAUGAAUUCCACACUUGAAAUCUGCUGCAUUCCUGUGCCACCUCCUCCUUUAGAAAACUGAUCUUAAAACAGAGAGAUAAAAGAGGAAUAGAAGGUAGAAGAAGAUGCUGGGAUCUGAACGUGGUGUUGUGGAAGAAUGGUUAUCAGAAUUCAAGGCAUUACCUGACACUCAGAUCACCAAUUAUGCAGCAACUUUACACCGGAAAAAAACACUGGUACCAGCCCUCUAUAAAGUUAUUCAAGAUUCAAAUAAUGAGCUCCUGGAGCCUGUCUGCCACCAGCUAUUUGAGCUUUAUCGUAGCUCUGAAGUUCGACUUAAGAGGUUCACACUGCAGUUCUUGCCAGAAUUGAUAUGGGUUUACCUACAGCUUACAGUUAGUCGAGACAGGCAGAGUAAUGGCUGCAUUGAAGCACUUCUGUUAGGAAUUUAUAAUUUGGAAAUUGCUGAUAAAGAUGGAAACAAUAAAGUUCUAUCUUUCACUAUUCCUUCCUUAUCCAAGCCUUCAAUAUACCAUGAGCCCUCAACAAUUGGAUCAAUGGCUUUGACAGAAGGGGCAUUGUGUCAGCAUGAUCUCAUCAGGGUUGUUUAUAGUGAUCUCCAUCCUCAGAGGGAAACAUUCACUGCACAAAACCGGUUCGAAGUCCUGAGUUUUCUCAUGUUGUGUUAUAAUUCUGCUAUUGUGUAUAUGCCUGCCUCAUCUUACCAGUCUCUUUGUCGAAUGGGCUCCAGGGUUUGUGUGAGUGGGUUUCCCCGGCAACAUGAAAAGCGUUGGAAAGAACUCUGUGGUCGAAUGGUAUUGGAUCCUGAAUUUAUGGUACAACUUCUCACAGGAGUCUAUUAUGCCAUGUAUAAUGGACAGUGGGACCUUGGCCAGGAAGUUCUUGAUGAUAUCAUUUACAGAGCUCAGCUAGAACUCUUUUCUCAACCACUAUUGGUUGCCAAUGCCAUGAAAAACUCAUUACCAUUUGAUGCUCCUGAUUCUUCACAAGAAGGCCAGAAAGUACUUAAAGUGGAAGUCACUCCAACAGUGCCAAGGAUUUCUCGGACUGCAAUUACAACAGCUUCAAUUCGUCGUCACAGAUGGAGGAGAGAAGAUGGCUUUGACUUCUCAAACGAGGCUGACUCGAGUAUUCCUGGCUCCCCGAUCCAACACGGCUCCACUGACCUAGGGAUCAAACGUGUGCAAGAGGGGGAGGUGCUGAUGCGCAGGACCCCUGAGCAUGGCUCGCCGGAGCCCAACUCAGCAGCAGCCACAACAGAGGGUGCUGAGGGUAUAAAUGGAGGAGAGGAGUCUGUAAACCUGAAUGAUGCAGAUGAAGGGUUUUCAUCAGGAGCUUCCCUCAGCAGUCAGCCAGUUGGGACCAAACCAUCAACCUCCUCUCAGAGGGGAAGCUUAAGGAAAGUAGCAACUGGACGUUCAGCCAAGGAUAAAGAAACAGCCUCUGCCAUCAAAUCCACUGAGAGCCCUCGAGAUUCGUUAGUUCGCAAGCAGUAUGUGCAGCAAUCAACUGAUCUUAGUAUAGAUUCAGUUGAACUGACACCAGUGAAGAAACACCUGAGCCUGCCUGCUGGCCAGGUGGUGCCAAAAACCAAUAGUAUAAGUUUAAUCCGGACAGCCAGUGCUUCCUCAAGUAAAUCAUUUGACUGUGUAAAUGGCAGCCAAGCAAGUACCAGCAUUAGGGUUGGCACUGAGGGAGUUACUAAUUUAGCAGCUAAAAAUGCUAAUCGAUAUUCAACCAUCAGUCUACAGGAAGACCGGCUAGGUCAAACUGGAGAAGGUAAAGAGCUCCUCAGCUCAGGAGCCCCCUUAACCAAGCAGUCUCGAUCCCCAAGUUUCAAUAUGCAGCUAAUAUCCCAGGUGUAGUUUUGACAUCCUCUCUCCUCUUUCUGCUUUCCUUUUAAACUGAGCAUUUCAUUGUGCAAGAAGACACUUCAUCCCACGUUGUGAAAAUAUUAGUCAUGGUAAUCAGAUUUGAUAUAGUUUAGAUAUAUUCAUACUGUAUUUUGUAUGGAAACAGCAAUAAGGUUUUCUUCCCCCUUUCCUCUAUCUUCUCUUUACCUACUCCUUGUAAAUGUGUUUGUAAAGCAGUAUAAAACAUAUGCUUCUUCCAUGCCUUUCUUUCUCCUUGGAUGAUGUGCAAUCCAUUGUACGCUGAUAAGUCCCAUCCAACACUGUGAGGCUGAGGAUACAUUAGAGGAAAUGGUAUAUAUGAUCCCUAUGAAAUUAUUCUUUGGCUUUGUUUAAAAACAAAACGGGUUUGUUCUCUUAAUAGGACUAUGAAGACUACUGGAUCAUAUUUUUUUCUCUUAACCAGGAGUGCCUCAGAGAUUCUGCUAUGACUUUGGACUUCUCUGAGUCUGUGCAAUUUUCUUGAGAAGCAUGGAGAAAGGUAGCAGACUGCUGCACUUUUUCAUUAAAUGAGGGUAGCCCUUUUUUUUUUCCCACCUUUUUUCCAUCUCCUUUAUCUUGAGGACAUAAAUGUUCAGUUACCGAGGCAUUCAAAUCAAGUUGUGGCCCCUCUGUUGGAGAGAGGGAGAAGGGGCUCUAAAUUGAUUGUGUAGUUGAAAAUGCACUUUCAGUGGCUCUGUAGUCAUAAUUAACAUGUUUUCCCUCCUCCCCACCAGGACGUAAUGCCAUUUAUGUCCUUAAAGCUUGAACAAGUAACAAAUCAGAGAAUCCAAGGGUUAUGUUCUAUUUUCCAGGAAUGAUUGAUACUUGGUGCUGGGGUUUUGUGGGGGGAGGGGUGGUUUUGUUUAGUUUGUGUGGGGUUGUGUGUAUGAAGGGAGGUUUUGAUUUUAUAUUGUUUGCUUGUUUUCCUUUGUGAGCUGAUGAUGACUGAAAGUAGAACAAGUACGUCUUCAGGUAAAGAGAGGGAUUUCUCAAUCCACUUUCUGUAAUGUCAGAUUAUUGGAGAAACCCUUUCAGCUGCUUUCUAGAUGUACCUAAAUUCAGUCAGAUAUUUUGGAUCUGAACUCCUGAUAGAUUAUAUACUUCAAGGAAAUACAUCAGGGACAGAUAAUUGGCUGAAAACACUGAUACUUCAAUGUGACAUAUUUUUAUAGAACAUUUCUACCAGGGGGUACAGACUUGAUUUCUCCUAAAAGGACCACACUGCCUUUGUGUUUAUUGUAAUGCAAUUUGUGUACCUUUAAUCAUAUAUCUGCAAAAGUUUCUCAUUUUUAUAAAACUUUGAAAUCAUGCCAGUAAGCUAGAUGUUGAAUGUAUGUAAGUAGCAUUUGGUAACUGUGCUAAGAAGCUACAAAAAAAGCAUUAUUGUUAAAAAAAAAAUAAUUAUUGCUGAUUUGGUUGGAUAACAUUUCAUUAUAUACUCUUUUGAGUCUUAGGCACUAAGGCUAGAAAUAGAAGGGAACUAUAUUGGAUAUUUGAAAAUCAGUGUAUUGUGACUUGAAAUGUUGUAAGUUAUCCUCUACAUAAAGAACAUCAGACCUUUUAAUGCUUUGUAUAUAUAAAUAUUUUUACUUUGUUAUUAUGAAAGAAAAAGUACUGAAUAAUUUAUAGAAAGCAAAUAUUCUCCUAAUAAAGUUUAAAAUUUUAUCUCUAGCAAGUAAAAUUACAGUGGAUUUUUUUAUUAGAGAGGUUGUAGGUUUACAGAAAAAUCAUGCAUAAAAUACAGUUCCCGUAUACCUACAGUAGAUUUUGAUGAAUAAAAUAACCAGAAAAAUGCCUCUUAUUUUUUUUCAUACCAAGAAAUCCUUCCCCCCUUUUCUCUGUUUUGAUUAUAAGAACAAUUUUUAAAAGAGAUUUUCUUUUAUAAUCUUUAUAAAAGAAUAGUGAGAUGCUUGUUUGAGUUUGGUGGUCUGUAACAUUUUUCAGCUCAUAGAAAAUGGAAAACUAGAACUUGAACUUGUAUUUACAACAUUGCCAAAGUCCGGAGUGAAGCUAAAAGGUGAUAAGUAGAUAGUUUAUUGAUUUGUGUGUGUGUAUAUAUGGUGUGCGUAUAUAUAUAUACACAUAGUAUGUAUAUAUCACAGAUAUAUUUUAGAUAUCCCUUCUUUUAAUUUAAUGAAGGGAUGUCAGAUAAAUGAAAAGAAUUAAAAGACAGCCAAAAUAAACAAGGGAUAAAUGUCUGUGACACACUAAGAAAAACAGUUUCAGGUAUAAAAGGAAAGGAGCAUUGUAUUUUGCAAAGAAUGAGAUUUUGGCAAUAGCUGGAGGUCAGUCACUUUAUGACAGGAAUGCCUGAUUUGUUAGAAGUGCUGAGCAGUUGUUUUUAAUUCAACAACUGGUGCAUUUUUUUUUGGCAUCUAAAUCUAGCAUGAUUCUAGUUAAAGCACAAAGAAAUAUCAAAUAAUAGCAAAGCGGUAAUAAGUAAAAUAGAAUAAAACAAUAUCUCCCUUUGGUUUUUGUUAGAAAUUUUAUGUUAUGCCAGGAAAACUGUUUCUGAAAAGUUUCACUUUACUUAGGGGGGUUUCAUUUAUCUAUAUGUGUCUAUGUAUGUAUUUUGUAUGUAUACAUACCCAUUAUUGUUUCAUGACUCUGUAACAUUUGUGUUCCAUUCUCCUAGGUGAUGUGCUUUGGAACCAGUGAAGAAACACUUCAUUUAAUUAAAACUUUAAUUCAGAUUCUUAAAACAAAUUUUCUGUGAAAGAUAUAGUUAAAGUGGAUUGAGUUAGUUUAGCAAACCAUGAGUCAAAUUUUCUGAAAGAUUUUGAUAUUCAUUUAUAUUAUUUACUGGUAUUUAAUUUAAAAUAGUUUUGUUUCUGAUAUACAGAAGUUCGGUUACAAUACUGCCCAGCAAUAUUCAUACUUUAUCUUUUAACAACCUUUUGUUUUAUAGUUCCUAGUUUCUAAUAAAAAGUCCAGCCAUCUGUGGAAAAGUUAUUUAGGGAUAAAAUACUUAUCUGUAAUAAAACAAUUUGAUUGAUGCUGUCUGUGCCAGGUUGGGUUAGGUAAUACAAAGAAAUAUCCGAGGGUCUUGAGAACUCUUCUCUAUGACAUUAACUAAAAAUCAUGUUACUAGAAAGCAAAUAAAAAUGAAAGUGAAAAACAGAAAAACAAUAUUUAAAAUAUGAAAAUAUUUUAAGAAGCUGGGGGGGAACAUGGUUGUAAUUUUAAAUCCUGAUCCUUUCCCUCCUAAUUUACUCUACUGUGCCUGUUUAUUAUAGAAUCAGAAUUUUUGUGCUAGAAGAGACUGUAGAGAUAAUCUAGUUAAGUCUCCCAACAUUGCUUCACCCUCAUCCAGCCUAAGGAAACAGACUCAAAGUUGUGACAUGAUCAAGGUUACAUAACUGAGAAGCAGAGUCAGAAGCAAAUAUUUGUCUCCUGUCCAAUGCAUAUUAACACCCCCACUGCCUCUACUGUCUCUCUUUAACAUACUACAUUAAAUGUGGUACCUAACACUCUCCAUUUCUGCAGUUUCUUUACAGUUUUGGUCUAGUAGUUGGUGAAUACAUCACAUUAAGAAAAGUAUUACAUCCAGAAAAAAUAUGGAGUAAUAAACAUAGAUGAGGAAGUGUUGGAAAUUUGGUAUUAUACAAAUGUAAGGAUAGAUACAUUAUUCUUUAUUCUGAUUUAUGCCUUACUAUUUUCUGCCACAUAACAGUUGUAUGCUGCCAUUUUAUAGUUGGUUAUAUUUCUGGGGAUGUAUUUAAGUGCAAAAUAAACCCAAUGAAAUGGCUUUGAUCAGUGUUUCUAACUAUUUUAAUGUAAUUUUGAAUCAGCCAGCUUUCACAGUCAAAAAAGUGGCAGGUUAAUUUUAUUACACAAUAGUGAUGCAAGGUAAAGAUUAAAUAAAUUUGAUUCCAUUAAUUUUUAAUGUAGAAAUAGAUUGAACCUUGCUUGUACUUAGAGCAGAAACAAGCAAUAUUUCCUUAUGUGAUUGAAAAAGAUUUAUAGUGUGAAGCUUAUGAGUCCUUAAUGGAACAGUGACCAUGAUGUCAUUUAAAAUGUAAAUACAGUAUAAAAUGUCUUAAAUGUGGUAGACUCAGCUAUAUAAGCUCGAAAUUUACAACCUAUAUUCUCAAAUUCCACUAAGUAGCUUUAAAUUAAUUAUAAUUAUUUAUUAGAUACUGGAAUACUGAGAAUAACUUACUUUAAGAUUGUUUUGUUUGCACUAUUUUUGUGAAUAUUUUAAUGAAGUGGGUUUUUUUCCUACCUCACUUUGUGAGGUUUCUAUGAGUCCAUUUUGGAGUACUUUAGUUGUUGACAAUCAGUUGUUUCAUUUAACUCUGCAUGUUCAUUUAUAAAUAGAAAAAAAUAGUAUCUGUCUUUGGGGGUAGUACAAUAUUUAUCAAACACUGGCAAGAAGGAACUCUUCAUUUCUGAUCUUGGAUUAUAAAGUAAGUUUUGUUUUAUGUUUUAAAACAAAAAGUUAUAUUUUUGUUUUUGAGUUUAAAAAGUUUAAUAGGUCAUGCCAGUGGUUGGGAAGUCUAUAAGAAUUUUAGGGUAACUUUUCUGUACUAUGGCUAUGUUAAACAGCCUGAAUGUGAGACUUUUUCAAGUUAAAUGAUUAUUGUCAUGUUUCAAACCAAUGUUUCAAAUCACUAAGUUAGUUGAGACACUUAGUUUGUAAUACCUUAAAUUUUUUAAAAGUGCUUUUUAGAAACAGGUUGUUUAAAAACCAAAUAGAAAUUGAUAGAUUAAACUCUAAAAAAUUAGAAUAUUUACCAGAUUGUAAAAAGAUGGAAUGCAGUGUAAAAUUAACUGUGCUAAUAAAAUCAUAAUGAGUCACCAGAGUAAUGCAAUUUUCCAUUGCCAGGGUUGUCGCAUUGAUAAUGUGAUACAUAACUUUUAGUAUUACCUGUGCUGUAUGUAGCUAUUGGGUAUAUCAUAUUGGUACUGAACAUACCUGGGAAAUACUGUUCAUAGAAUCAGCCACUGCACAUUUUAACCAUGUUAUAUUUUUUGGUUGUGCUGUUAGAAUUAGAGGAAUCGUCACUGCCCAACCUUCCCUACCCAGGUAAAAACAGUCCUUCUAAACCUGACUGCACAACCGUAAAAUUCUGGUAACUUCAAUCUUUUCAGUAUUUUGGGUUUAAAGUGAUCUUAGCCAUUAUUGACAUGAGAAAUAUACAUGAGAGCAAACAAUUCAGGGUAGAAUAUUAGUGGAAAGCUGAGAAUGCUGUGAAAAAACUGGCAGCAUAGUACAGAAAUGUAGGUUCUUUGUUUUGUUAAUGUUUCUGAGAAAAUGUUUUCAUAAUGUUUACAAAUUAAGGUACAUGCAGAUGUCUGCUGUUAAUGAUUUUACAAAAAAAAAAGAUUUAGGUAUAGCUUAAAUUAUGAGUUUGUUUUUUUUUUUAAUUGUGUUAUCUGAGGAGUACCACUAAAAAAAAAAUCCUUUUUUUUUUUUUUUUUUUUCAAAGAGAAAUGAACUCAGUCGGACAGUCUCUCCCCAAUUACAGAAUUAAUAUCAAUCUGCUUUGCUGUAUUUGCAUGUCAGCAGCUCAGUGUUAAUUAUAUAAGAGGAAAAUCUUUACAUCUUCCUUGAUAACAAAAUUUCCCAAAGAAAAUGUAUCUACCAAAUAUAAGUUUUAAAGUACCUAACUAUAGAGUAAUGAAGCCUCUUUAACAUAAAAGAUUCUUUGUAAACCUGGAGGAAAUAAAUAUUAAAAGAUUAUUUGACCUGGAAAAUAGGUAUACAGUGGUUAGAAGAUUCCAUUUGAGGUUUUCUUAUGUCAGGAAAAUGUCAAUAUUUUACACUUCCAGCAAAAAUUCCUGUUAAAGAUUAAGUCCAAAUAUUAUUCCUCAUUGUACAUUUUCAUGUCUCCUUAACUCAAAUUAAAGAUUCUGCUCAUCAGUAUUGAAUUAAAGGGGAGAGGGGUUUCUAAAAUUGGUAUAUUGUAUGACAUUGUUUUGUAUGUUUUUGUCGUUAACAAAAUUGAGGGGAAAAUAAUGAAAAUGCAUCUCUUUAAAUGGACAAUUGCAAAUAUUUCUAGUAAGUAUGGUAUUGGCUAAAAUGUUACAGAUUGUUUACAUAAUUUAUGUGUGGGAUCACUCUAGGUAUAUAUUUCUUUGCAAAGAAAACAUAAUUGGGUUAAGGAAAGCUAAAAUACUGGCUUUAUGAAUGUAUGAAACAAUAAGUACUAAGAUUCAAUUAAACUAUUAAGUAAUGAAUUUUUAAAACAUGAAAUGUAUUGUAAAUUAACUGACAUUCCAAAUAGAGUCUAUGUAUUAUUUUCCCGUAUCAGGUGGUACUUAAAAAAUAAUGAAUAUGUUAAUCAGACUCUUAAAAAGAGAUUUAUUCUCCAAAAAUUAUUAAUGUGUGUAUGUGUGUGUGUGUGUUUUAAGUUUUAUCAUCCAUACUGAAUUGAGAGAGAUGAUCCAUGCUCCCUGUGGUGAUUUUUAUACAACUGUAAUAAGUUCCUUUACUACUUUGUGGUGAAUAUUUUUAUUCUUAUUCUAAAAACUAUGUUGGUUUCACAUUCCGUUUAACUGUUUGAAUGAAAGUUUUUACAGUUCAAUAAUUAUUUUCCCACUCUUUUUCUCGUGAUAAUUUAGCUCUCCUGAGCUGCAAUUCUGAAGAAUUUUUACUAUUUUGGCAUUAAGUAGUCUAAUUUCUGUCACAAUGGACAUGUAAGCAGCAAAUAUCCUACUUUCAUAUGUUUGUUUGCCUGAUAAAAGGAUAUGGAGUUUAUACAACAGCUCUUCUUUUUCACUAGCAUCAACCUAUAGCUUGGUGUAAAUUUCCAAAGUAUUCGGAGAAUGGUGCUGGUGAAAAUUUAAACAUGAUAGGCAUGAAGAAAAUAUGAUCUCUAUUGAGUGAUGUCCUUUCAAUCUAGGACUAGUGAAAUCUUUUUUUUCAGAAAUGGGAAAAACAAAAAAAAAAACCCCGCACAUUUGAGAUCAUAUUUAUUGGUGCAUGUAAGCCAUUAUCUUAACUGUCUUACUGAACUGGUUAAUGCUGUUGAUUGUUGAAAUGUGAAAUGUAAUCACUGUUGACAUUGUAAAUAUCUGCCAGAGAUGAAAAAAUAUUUUAAGUUAUUGUAAAUAAAGAUGUUUAAAAUUCAGUUAUCAGUCUGCAAUGCAGAAAUAGAUCUAAGAUGUUAAAUAUUGUGUUUCUUGAGAGAUGUGUAAUUUUUCCUGAGAUGUAUCUAGUUACAUUAGGAAUGUAAAUUUUCCUUUGUACAGUAUAAAAAUACAGCUUUAUUUGGCUUUUGA